AUGUUGUCCAACUUGUGUUUUCCUCCUGGAUCAAGAGCAUCAGAUACAGAACCGGAGGGCAAAGAGUAUUCCAAAUAUCCGCCAGGGAUUGUAGAAAGUUUGCAUCACAUAUUGGGUUAUAAUGGCCAUUCCAUCAAUAAAAAGACUCAUGUGCACAUAGAAAUAAAUACCAGAGGUGAUAUACAGCAGGACUACAAUUACAUGGGUCAGAUUAACACGAAUCUGGAUCUCUUACAAAACGUGAUCCUGGAACUUGAUAUUUAUAAUGUUGAUUUCAAAACAUUGUCAGUAUAUGAGAAUCCUCUUAUUUGGCUUUCUGGGCAAGACAAGAUCCCAAAUUACACCUGUGUCAGAGAAAGAAAGUCUGUAGCAGUACCCACAGGAACAACAGGAAUAACAUCUGCCCAGAUUGGGACAUUGCUGGAACUCUACAUGUUUCUUCAGGAUGCCAACUUGGAAUGGUUUCCCAGACACAUUUUUGCCUUUGCUAUGUCUCAAGAAAGUUACAAUAGCUACAAUGCAGCACAUGCUGUGGCCCAAGUUUUCCAUGACAUGCUUCUUCCUCAAACAGAAGAGCAAGUUAUGGUAACUGGGAAAGAGGUGGUGCCUUCCCUCGCACAGAUCCAGUUUCAAAAUCCUGUUGGAGACCAAGUAAUUUUGGAUGAUAACAGAAAAUUAGAGGCAGAAUAUGACAUUUCACACAUUUGGAAUUUUCCAGACGGACUUGAACUUAAGGUGAAAGUAGGAACGUAUUUUCCAUAUGACUCACAUGAUCACCAACUGUCGCUAUCAGAACAUAUGAUAGAGUGGGCCAUAGGUGCUACCAAGCUUCCACUUUUCGUCGGCCCUUUAGCAGGUCCUGCCUGCUUUUCUAGAAUGAAACACAGGUCACAUAUGGAUGGUGAUAUGAUGAUUGCUGGGUUUUUUCCUCUCUAUACUUUGGGAACGGAUCAUGGUAACAGGGAUGCUUCCCAUCAUGAAGCAAACACAGUGUUUGUUUUCAAGUACUAUCAGCUUGUCCUAGCCUUGGCUUUUGCUGUUGAGGAAAUUAACACAUUCUCCAAUCUUUUACACAACAUGACUCUGGGAUUUGAUAUCUAUAAUGCUGAUUUCAGAUCUUGGUCUGCCUUUGAGAAUCAUUUUCUUUGGCUCUCUGGGCAGAACAAGAUCCCUAACUACACCUGCAUGGAAAAAAAUAAGUUUGUAGCAGCACUUGAAGGAACUUCAGGAAUAACAUCUGCUGAAAUUGGAACACUGCUGGAACUCUACAGAUUUCCACAGCUUACAUUUGGGGCUUUUGAUCCAGCCCUGAGUGACCAUGGCAAGUUUCCUUCUCUCUAUCAGAUGGCCCCAAAGGACACAUCACUAGCCAUUUCUAUGGUCUCCUUGAUGCUUCAUUUCAGCUGGAACUGGGUAGGGCUAUUGAUCUCACAAGAUGAGAAAGGAUUAUCGAUUCUUGCAGAAUUGAGAGGAGAGAUGGACAAGAACAGAGUCUGUAUAGCCUUUGAGCAUAUGAUCCCAAAUAGUGCUCUGACACAAGUAUUUAAUAUCAUGACAAUUCAAAAUCAGAUUAAUAAAUCAUCAGCAAAUGUACUUAUCAUUUAUGGUACUAAGGAAUAUCUACUAACCCUAAUGAUAUAUAUUGGACAAAUUUUAAUAACAAGCAAAGUUUGGCUCUUGAACUCACAGUGUGAUUUACCCAUUGGAAGGAAGUAUUUCAUGUUAGGCUCAUUCCAUGUGCCUCUCGUUUUUUUAUAUCACCAUGAAGACAUUUCUGGAUUCACAGAGUUUAUCAAGGCAGUUAAGCCUUCCAAAUACCCAGAAGACUUUUACCUGGGUAGGUUGUGGUUUCUUUCUUUUAAUUGCUCCCAUUCUGAGUCUGACUGUGUAAUGUGGGAGAACUGUCCACAUGAUGCCUCCUUGGAAUGGUUGCCAGGGCAAAUUUUUGACAUGUCAAUGUCUGAAGAGAGUUACAAUAUAUACAAUGCUGCUUAUGCUGUGGCCCAGGCCCUCCAUGAUAUGCUUCUUCAUGAAACAGAAGAGCCAACAAUGGAUAGUCAGAAAGGGAAGGUGCCUUCCCCUGCGCAGCUUUAUACACAUUGUUUAGUUCUGCACCCUUUUCUGAAGAACAUCCACUUUCACAAUCUUGCUGGUGAACAAGUGAUUUUGGAUGAGGACAAGAAAUUACAGGCAGAGUAUGACAUUUUGAAUAUUUGGAAUUUUCCAGAAGGUCUUGAAUUCAAAGUGAAAAUUGGGAAGUUUUCUCCAUAUGCUCCUCGUGGUCAUCAACUCUCUGUAUCUACAGAUAUGAUAGAGUGGGCCAUGGAUACUAUGGAGAUACCUCACUCUGUUUGCACUCAGAGUUGUGGUCCUGGAUUAAGGAAAUCACCUCAGGAAGGAGAGGCUGUCUGUUGCUUUGAUUGUAUCCCUUGCUCACAGAAUGAAAUUUCUAAUGGAACAGAUAUGGAACAGUGUAUGAAGUGUGCUGGUCAUCAGUAUGCCAACACAGAGGGAACGCAAUGCCUACCUAAAGCUGCAAGUUUCUUGGCUCAUGGAGAACCCUUGGGGAUGGCCCUGGUUUGCAUGGCCCUCUGCUUGUCCACAUUCACCGCUGUUAUUCUUGGAGUCUUUGUGAAGUAUCAAGACACACCCAUUGUCAAGGCCAACAACCAGGCUCUCAGCUACAUCCUUCUCAUCUCCCUCAUGUUCUGUUUCCUCUGUUCCUUGCUCUUUAUUGGCCAUCCCAACAGUGUCAACUGCAUCUUGCAACAGGUCACAUUUGCAAUUGUGUUCACCGUGGCUGUUUCUACUGUGUUGGCCAAAACAGUGACUGUGGUUCUGGCCUUCAAGAUCACUUCUCCAGGGACAAGGAUGAGGGAGCUUUUGGUAUCAGGGGCUCCUAACUUCAUCAUCCCCAUCUGCACCCUCAUUCAGUUGACUCUCUGUGGACUGUGGCUGGGGACCUCUCCUCCCUUUGUUGACAUAGAUGCACACUCUGAAAGUGGCCAUGUCAUCAUUCUGUGUAACAAGGGCUCCCUCACUGCCUUCUACUGUGUCCUGGGAUACCUGGGUUCCCUUGCCCUGGCCAGCUUCACAGUUGCUUUUAUGGCCAGAAACUUACCUGACACUUUCAAUGAAGCCAAGUUCCUGACAUUCAGCAUGCUGGUGUUCUGCAGUGUCUGGCUCACCUUCCUGCCUGUCUACCAUAGUGCCAAGGGGAAAGUCAUAGUGGCUGCAGAGGUCUUCUGCAUCUUGGUCUCCAGUGCAGGGCUCCUGGGCUGCAUUUUUGUCCCCAAGUGUUAUAUCAUCUUAAGGCCAGAUAAAAAUUAUCUUCAUGGCUUCAAGGACAAAAUGAACACUAGGAAAAAUAAAGCCUUCUUAUACUAA